AACUCAAGCAUUUUUUCCUGUCCAUCUGUCUACAUUAACCGUAAAUAGAAAUAAUUGUUUUGUUGGGUAUUUCAAGUGAUAACAUUUAACUUUAUAUUUGUCGUAUAUUAUACUAUAAUAUACGACUUUCGCACUCUCAAAAAGCAUGCAUGAUUAAAACGCCAGCAUUACCAAAAAUUACUUUACAAGAUGUUUAAAUUAGUGCGCAUCGAUGAUGAAGCUCAUCGGGAAAUUCCGUUGACGGAUGGUAAGCAAGUUAUAGGACGAGGGAAUUUGCUUGAAUGUGAUGACAAAAGAGUAUCAAGGAACCAUGCAGAAAUAGAAAUUGUUGAAGAUUCCAUAAUUAUUAAGGCUUUACAUAUAAAUCCAUGUUUCGUAGUAAGCGAUACAAUGGGCGAAGUAAAGAUCAUUUUUCAAAACACGAUUAUGAAGGUCAAGCUGGGCGAUAAAGUUGGCUUUUUAAAUGAUAAAUUUUGGUACAAUAUUUGCAAGAAUAAUGAAAAAGAUGACAUAUGCUCCAGUGUAAUUGAUUUUGAACCGUUAAAAGACAUAAUUAAUAAGUACAAAGAUAUUCGGACAUUAAAUUAUGACACAAACAGUGAAGAAAAUUAUCAUAAAAGUGAACAGAAAUUAACAAAAGAACGGAUAUCGAAUGAAACAGAGAAUGAGGAAUCCAACAAAGAAUCGGUCUCACCUUCAAUAUUAACAGAUAAUUUAAAAACACAAGAAAUAAUAUUAAAUAAUGAAUUAAAAGAGCAACAGUCAAAUGAGAAUGAAAUAAAAACACAGGAACAAUCAGAUCUAAGCCAGUCUCCGGGAAAACGUUGUUUAAUCAAACGGGAGCUAUCCAGUCCAGUAGAUAUAAAGAAAUUAAAGACAGAAAAUAAUGUAGAUGACAAGUCACAAUCCCCAAAUAGUCAAGCGGGUACAUCAUCCGGAGCAAGUUCAGCGAGCAGCGCAUCUCCAUCCAAAGAACAAAAGUCCAAGCGAGAGAGAUGUAUGUAUGGAGAAAAAUGUUAUAGGAAGAACCCGCAGCACAAGGCACAGUUCAGCCACCCCGGGGACUGCGACUGGGGCAGCGGGGCGCAGGCGCCGUGUCCAUGGGGCUACGCCUGCGCGCGUCGCGACCCCCGACACUGGCGCGACCACUCCCACCCCUACGGCAUGCAUCCCCCACCACCUGCAGGUAUACAAAAAAAGAAAAGUCACAUUGUACAAAGGAAUGGUAAAAUCUUCUAUAUAAACGCGCACGCUGUCAACUUCUACGACGAUCACUUUGAGGCGGAGGACUCUGACGGGGACAGUGUUGAUUAUGAUUAUGAAUUUGAUUGAUACCAUUAUGUUUUAUAAACUAUUGUUUAAAUUCAUUCAUUUCAUUUUUUUUUUGCUGGAUAUUUAAAACAUCAUCUUUGGAUUAAAAACCGUAAAAAGCGUAGAAUGGUUAAAUAAGAUUUAUUAAAUAGCUGUUGUAGAAAUGUAUAUUAAUAAGAUAGAAUAAUGUUUGAUUAUACUUAGCUGUUUAGAAUGCCUCUACUUGCUCUUUUAGAAUAAAUUAAAAUAUAUUUUUUUGUGGCAAUGACGUGUUAUUAUUUUGUAUCAAACAACAUUAGUAAUCCUUUUUCGUUUUAGUAAUUAAAACAUAAAAAUAGAUUUAUAACUUCAUAAAUCUUAUGCUGAUUAAAACAAAAACCUUUGCUUUGUUCAUUCUAAUUGUAAAUUUGUGAAAAUGAAGAUUUUUAUGACUAUCAAACUAUCAUAUUUUUGAUAUCUUAAUUGUAAUUAAUGUUAUUUAGCUAUGUUUUAAUUUGUUUUGUAUAGUAAACAUGUUCAAUAAAAUUGUAUGUAUUAUUCUUUAUUUUGUUUUCCCACCCUGUUAUUUUGUGUACGGCAGGUAGAAGAAAAAAGAAAACAAAGAGAAGUUCCAGUGGAGAAACUCCAAUGGAAGAUCUCAUAGUGACAGGGAAGAGAUCAAGGAAGA